GAAAAAAAGCGAUAAAGAAAUGAGAAUAUUUUGAUUCUGUUUUAUUGGUUGUCUCUGGACGAGAAUAUUUUGAUUAAUUGGAAAACUAAAAGUGAGGAAAGAGAAAAAGAUUACGGGAAUAAACGUUUCAACUUUCAACCCGCCCGCUAAACCCUACAAAAUCAAGUCGUCCAUCUAUCUCCUCUCUUAAGGUUUUGAGCUUUUCAUAUACUUCAAAUAGAGAUGCAAUUGACACUUGAAUUCGGGGGAGGAUUGGAACUUCUUUGUGAUUCUGUGAAGAUCCAUAACAUCAAUGUUGACCCUCAAGAUGGAGAGAAGCAGUUGACGAUGAAAAACUUGCUCACUUGGGUUCGCACCAAUUUGAUCAAGGAGAGGCCUGAAAUGUUUAUGAAAGGAGACUCAGUGAGGCCUGGAGUUCUAGUCCUUGUAAAUGACACUGAUUGGGAACUAAGUGGCCAGCUUGAAACAGUGCUGGAAGAGAAGGAUAACGUUGUUUUCAUCUCAACAUUGCAUGGCGGUUGAUGUUGAUAUUAUACAUCAGGAGCUUCUAAAAAUUNAAAAAAUUCAGACUCUAAUAGAACUUUGGUCAUUAAUCAUGUCAUGUACUAGUCAACAAUGAAGUGUAUUGAAUGUAUGAUGCUAAUAUAAGUGCAUUUUGAUUACUGAUUCCAUUCUGUCCUGGCACCUUGGCAGAAGGAAAAUGAUACAAAUGCUUUACCUUGAA